GUUUGUUGUUUUUUUUUUUUUUUUUUUAGCUGGAGGUGGUGGUAAAAUAAAGUACAUAGUAUCCUUUCCCUUUUUUUUUAAUGAAAUGAGGUGGCAGCUUUUAGGGAGGGUGGUAUAUAUUCCCCCCUUUUCUUUCUUUUUUUAGCUGAUGCAAAUUGAAGAAGGGGAGGAAAACAAACUCUUCUUUCUUUCAAUGACUCAUUGAUUUGAGCCGGUUUAAAAUUAGGUUUUUUCUUUUUUUCCUCCCACCUCCCACCCUGGAUCACCAUCGGGGAGGAAAAAAUAGAAAACGAAAAAUAAUCUUUAGCAAUCCCCUCCCCUCUUCUCCUCUCUCACUACUGUUCGUGUGGCUAUAAGCUCUUUGGAUCCGGGCUGCGGUGACUCUGUACAGACAGCGUUAUUAUGGGAAGACAUCGGUCAGCGCCGGGGGCUCGAUUUUACACUCAGCCCGGGAAUGGGAGCCUGGCCGCCGGCCUGUGCGCAGGAAGCCGCCGGAGGGCCCUGUGUGGAUGGUGCUCGGAGGGGAGGAUUACAUUGAGCUAUUUUGCUGCCAUUUCCCCCGCGGACAGAGCGCUGGAUUGUUAUUACUAAUUAUCACCGAUGGCGGACAGUCUGGGGGAAGAUUUGUGUUUAUUUAUUUAUAUUAUCUGUGAAAUGUCCGCUCCAGGCCUGGCGGGCGGUCAGCCUGAGACCUGCCGGACUUUCCUCACACACCGACCGUUUAACAGCUCGCGAGCUGCCGCAGCUUGUUUGCACAUUUUUAUUAAACCGAUUUAUCCGGAUAAGUCACCUCAUAGCUCUAUUAGGCUCCCCUGUUAUUAAUAAUAAGCCGCCAUUAAUGUAACGGCCUCUCUAUAUAGUGUGUAUAUAUAAUAUAAUAUAGUAUGUGUGUAUAAUAUAAUACAAUCUGUUCGGCGGCCUGCCCUCCCGCUCACUGUGUUUUCUGAUAAACCUUAUUGUAAUAAUUAUAAUUUAUUAUAAUAAAGCUGUUUCGGGGCGCGGUAUCUUUCCGGUGUGUGAUGUCGAGGUGCGCUGUUUUUGCGGGUUUUGGGGGCAUGUUUUUAUCUCUGUAUUUAGUGCUAGAUGCCCCCUGGGUGGGCAGUUUGACGAGGUCGGGGUGGAGGGAAGAUGGCGGCGGCUGCUGGCGCUGGGCCAGGCGGGAUGGCGCACUUGGUAUCGGCCUCCAUUUUAGCCCCUGUGUCUCUCUAACUCGCACAGUCCUGCUAACGAAGUUGCAUCAACUGAUUGACAAGCCAAUAUUCCAUUUAUUUCACAAAUACACUUUUGACACAAUGAACUGCCUCAAUUCUUAUGAAGAUGGUAUCGAUUCGGAAUGCAAUCAACAUCAGUUUUACUAGAACUCUGGGACACGAGCUGACAUGGAUGAUGAUGAUGACUCGGGACUUCUUGAUUUAAUUGGUGACCCACAGGCAUUGAAUUUCUUUCUGCAUGGAGGAGGUAGUAAAUCUGCUGAAGAUGAAUUAAUGAAUGCAGAUUUUUCAUCGCCCAACUCAAAUUCCAUAUUUGCCCAUAUUACUCAUGCGGAUCCUAAAUCAUCCAUCAAAAGUACUCACAAUCCCGUGGGGGAAGGAUCCAAUGAUGGAUUACAGUUGUCAAGUAGCUUGCAGUUUCUUGAAGAUGAGCUUGAAUCUUCAUCUAUGCCCGAUCUCAGUGAAGAUAUUCUUCAAAAAUCACUGGAAGAGGCCAAUAUUACAGAACAAAUUUUGGCAGAAGAGGCAUAUUUGGAUGCCAGUGUAGGAUCUGGACCGCAGUUUUCAAAUGUUUCAAUUCAUUCACACUCAUCAGCAUCUUUUACUCAGGCUUCUAAUGUCCCUAAUUACUCAGGUCAAUCAUUGCAUUCAGUAGGAGUGACCCAUGUGCCUCUAGUACAGCAACAAGUAGGCACAUCGUUUGCAAGCAAUACAGUAGGUGUGCAACAUGGAUUUAUGCAACAAGUGGGAAUCAUUCCUAACCAGCAUAUGUCUAAUAGUAAUCAUAGUGGUUCUGGACAGAUCCACGUAAUUAGCUCUAUUAAUAACCAGUCGCCGGUUAUGACUAUUAAUAACCUUGACGGAUCACACAUUAUACUGAAAAGCGGACAGCAAGCAUCUGCCAACGCAGGACUCAUGGUCCAUAGGCAGACUCCCAAUGGCAAUGCAAUGUUUGGAAGUCCAAAUGCAAGCCCAGGAGGGCAAUCGGUUGCUGUUCCAUUCAACAGUGGCAACUUUCACACAUCUUUACCUGUCCAUAAUAUUAUUAUCCAUAGAGGAUCAACACCAAAUACCCAUAAGGCCCACAUUAACAUUCAGCCUAAGCCUAUGCAGAUUGGACAACAGACUACAUACAAUGUGCAUCAAAUAGGCGUACAACAGCAUCAUGUCCAUCAAGGGGUGCCUUUCGCUUCUGGAAACCCUCCUCAAAGUUCAGUAGGCCAGCAAAUGGCUGUUAAUCAACAGGGCCCUCGGAACCAAGUUGGUCAACAUCCUGGAGGUAGCAUUGUUAUUCAUUCUUCUAUGGGGCAAUCACCUGGACAUCCAAACCAGUUUGUCAUUCCUACAGGCCUCUCUGUGAAUUCUGGUUCAGUCCAGCACAUCCAGACCAUUAAUAAUCCACUGGUUCAGUCCCAUCUCAAUUCUCGUCAACUCCCGGCAGAUCAUUUAAUGUUGAACAGAAAUGCAGCCAGUAUGGUUAGACAUAAUCAACCAUACUCAGGGCAAAUGGUAAAUAGCCAAGGCACAGCUGUGCAGCUUGUACCUGGUCAGACUUUUACUGGACCUGGAGGCCAGGUUAUUUUAAACCAUGGACAAAUGUCACAAAUAUCACCUACAGUUUUACACUUGUCCCCUGGUCAAAGUAGUACUGCUCAAACUAGGUCGACCUAUACAUCUGUACCCCACAGUGGCACUAGCAUGUCUGUCCCCAAUCGUUUCACUGUUGUAGGUUCCAACACAGUACUUCAGAAUAUGGGACCAUCUUACCAGACUUCUGCCAGAGAUGAACAAUUUGUCAGCGAUCAACAUCAAAACAGAACCCAUUCUGCAAUGAAUGAAUCUCAUGUUACGGUUACCAGUGCUAAAUCCACCAACGUCUUCUGUACCACUACAGGCUCCCAGCAGACAUACACCUGCAGCCAGGUUCACAAUAAAGUUAUGAACCAUCAAUCUCCUGUGUCAUCAAUGAAAACCCAGGAUGGACUGCGACAACCACAUAUGCCGGGACACAACUCUGGAAGUAAACAAUUACAUGAGUCUCUUACUCAACAACAAGAACAACUGCUAGGAUCUCCACUGCAAAAUAUGGAGGUUGACGUGAAGCCAGGAUUACUGAAGAGACCAGCUUCCAGACAGCUUACAAAGGAAACCUUAAUUCUUCAGCAGUUGCGCAAGGACCAAGAGCAGUGUGUACUGCCUAAUAAAUCUCAAUUCCAGUCAUUAAAUGAUGCUAUUCAGAGACUUCUUCCAUAUCACGUAUUCCAAGGAUCACUGCCAACUGAAGAAGACUUGAAAACAGUGGAUGAUGAGUUUGAGGCUGUGGCUACUCAUCUGUUGAAAAAGACUCAGGCAAUGCUUAAUAAGUACCGCCUGCUGCUUUUGGAAGAUGCUAUGCGGAUAAAUCCUUCUGCAGAGAUGGUGAUGUUAGAUCGAAUUUUUAAUCAAGAAGAAAGAGCUGCUCUGACACGGGAAAAAAGAAUGUCUCUUGUUGACCCAGAUGGCUUCCUGACAGAGUUUUGUUGUGCCUCCAAACAUCAGGUGGAUUCUGUUGAGGAAAAAGAGUAUUGCGAUCAUUCUGUGGAAAGAAGCAAACAAUUGAUUAAUACCAGUUCGAUAACGGAUAUUCAGAAAGGCAAAACGGAUUUAACAGAACCCAGAAAUCAUGAGAAGAUUUGCGUAGUGCCUGAUAUCAAUGUAACAUCUUGUAACCUUAAUGUUUCUUCUGUGAACAGUGUAGACCUUAAUAAAGAUGAUCAGAAGAAGACAGGUGAUCUUCUAAGGAAGAAACAAUCUAACAUGUCUAGAACAAAACUUGAGGAUAAUACUGAGUCCAGUGUUUGCCCUUCACAACCUGGAAUCAUUUGUAAAACAUCAAAGGAAGCAACAAACACCCAAACCUCCUGUGCAGUGGAAUCGAAGAAGGAGAUGACAGAGGUAAAAUCCCUUCGGGAUAAGUCUCCAUGGCCUUCUCCAGAAAGUGGAGGUGAGUCUAAGGAUUCCCCUAGAAGUCCUGGUAAACGUUUCAAAGGUUUGAAUGAGACUUUAAAAGCAACAGUAAAAAAUGCUCUGGAACUGAAAUUAGGUGAAAUGCACUUACAAAAAGAGGUCAGUAGUAGCAGUUCUGCAAAGGGUUCCCCCACCACAACAGAAGAAUCCUGUGCCGGCAAUGCAAUUUCAGAUUCAGAUUCUAGAGAAGGUACAGUGGAAACUGAUUCUGUUUUGGAAGCAGCUGUAAAUAGCAUACUAGAAUGCUAGAGGACCUUUUAACAUUCUUCUGCGGGAAGCAUAUGAUACGUAGCUUGAGAGCAAUAGUAAGAAGAGGAACCUAGCAAGAGGAAUUUCUGCAAACAACAACCUGCUAGAGCUGAGAAGCUCUAGAAGUUGGGAGCAUACCUGCCAUAGACAAUCAGGAUGAAUCUGGAGAAACAGAUGUUUUUUAAUUACAUGUGGAUUAAAACCGAGUUCAUUCAAUGUAUUUUUUUCCUGUAAAGAUGCAAUCUUCCCUGAAACACCAUCUACAAAUGUCAGCACAUUGAAAAAUACAUGAUGCCACUUUCACAAUAAUAUGCCUUUUGGAGAUAACAUGUAAACUUCUCCUUAAAGUCAAUUUUAGAUAUUUUUAAAUUUUAUUUAUAAAACACUGAUUCUAAUGAGAUUUCUGCUUAUUAAAGUGACACUGUAGCACCAUAACCACUUUAACUGAUUGAAGUUCCCAGAUGCCAGAUCCCACAGCACUGUUACAUGGCUUACCUACCAUUUAGCAGAGAUGUUCGGUUCUUUGCAGCCUGUCACAACGGCCACCACUGAAAGUAUGACAAAGGUGGAGUAAUGCUCUGCCUCAUGCCACAAGUUCAUACCGGGGAUUGCUGACAGCGAUAUGCUGUUGACUGUCAGUUGACAUUCUCAGCCUUUCACCUCCCACUACCCCUAGUAUGGUAUGAGGAAGUAUCAUCAUGGAGAGCAGGUUGCUGGAGACCAAGCAUCUCUGCUAUUCGGUAAGUAAAGCAUUUGUUAGUGAUGCAAGAUCUCGUGCCGCAAUUUCUAGGCUCCAUAACCACUUUAAUCAGUUAAAGUGAUUAUACUGCCUACAGUGCCCUUUAAUUCAAAUACUGAGCCAAGCAUGCAGAAUCCAUGCUAAAACAUGUUAAUGAAAGCAGCAGCAUUUCUUAAUAUGGAAACAUCUUUACUAUGUGCAAAAUGUGCUUCUAAUUCAUAACUGUAUUUGCUAGCAAUACGAGACAUUUGAUCAGCUUUUUAUGUUUGGAGAGAUUGCACUUUAUACUAACAUGUAAUGCUAUUAUGAGGAAAUAGUUUUGAUGAUCAAAGACUCCAUGUGCAGCUUACACAUACCAUUAAAUGUGCUUCUCUUGUUAUCAGAUGUAAACGUCAACUUUAUUGCUUGAUUUUCUAGUAGUGAUAUUGUAAGCAAUACUUAGAAGAAACAAGACAUAAUAAUGUAUCUGGUGGAUAAAACAUAUAAACUUUGCUGCACAGUCAGACUUACAUGCAGGAGUGUAAAGUGCAGCAAUUUGGUCGGGUCCUGAUUAUGAGUGGGAGCCUGGCUGGUUGAAAGCAGCAGAGGACAAUUUUCCUUCCCAUAUGGUGUGGAGUGAGCCAACCAACUGGUUUUUAGUGCCUUCAUUUCUUCUCUCACUUCAUAGAUGGGCAUUGUCGGUGACAGUCAGACUACACCACAACUGAGAAAUAAGACCUUUAAAGAAAGCUGUAGGGUUUAUUCACUAAACAGUGAUUUGUAGUGAUUUGAGAAUUGGCUUGCACAAUUCAAGUCCAAAUAUCUGAAUAGAUAUUCAAAAAUAUCUAGUUAUUUCCAUAAUUUUCCAUUGUUCAUGGUUGAUGUAGUUAUAGUUAGCCUUAAAAAAACAAAAACAUUUUGCCUGGUAUUUACUCAUUAAAAAAAUACAAGUUUAAUUUUACUUUUUCUGUCAGAUUCCAAUUACAUUAAAUAUAGUUCUGAACUCACUCUGAACGGCAUAUAGAAAUCACUUUAUUAUAAAGUUGUUGUCUACAGGUAUUGAACAGGAUAUGAUCUGAUCUAACUGUAAAUAUGAUUUACUUUAAAAGGACACACCACUGCCAAUCCCCCUCCCCCCCAAAAAAUGAUUUUUAGUAGAUAUAUUCCAAAUGAAAACGUGCAUGCUUUUAAUUAUGCAUUUGUUUAAUUGUGGGUAUAUCUAAAAACAGCUUGCAAAAGAUGCAGUUCUAUUGUCUGCUACAUUUGCAAGCUCUCCCCUUCAAACAUAGCCCAGAUUCUCUGUGGGUGUCACAGACUUAACAAUGCAGUUAAAUGAGACGUUUUUGCAAGCAGUUGCUCUAAACAAUUGCCGUCUCUCGAGUUUAUCUCCACUGAGUUA